CUGUUCCUGACAGCGAUGUGAAAUGGCAAUGCAACUACAGACAGGAGCUGGAUUACUGCUCGUUCUCAUCACUUUACCACACUGACCGGCUCCUUGUAAACCCAAAUCAGUACCCCAGGUUGAAUCUUCAAAUCCCGAUUCGUGAGACAGACACUGGAACGCGCCGGAAGAUGAAUACAAUCGUCUUCAAUAAAUUUACCAACCAAGUACUUUUCGAAGAAAAGGCAAAUGAGGUGGAGAGGAAAAGCAGGACCUAUAUGGAAGUGAUGGAAGAACAAGAGCAGGAGCUGAUAAUUCCGGACAGUCCGUCCAGCCGGAGUCAGAGGGGUCUGCGGCACAGGAGGUCUGGCUCUCGGCAGGGCGCAGGGAAAGUGAGACACAAACGGCAGGCUCUUCAGGAUAUGGCUCGUCCUUUGAAACAAUGGCUUUACAAGCACCGAGACAACCCGUACCCAACUAAAACCGAGAAAAUCCUGUUGGCCCUCGGUUCCCAGAUGACUCUGGUACAAGUUUCCAACUGGUUUGCAAAUGCUAGGCGCCGCCUGAAGAAUACCGUUAGACAACCAGAUUUGAGCUGGGCAUUACGAAUAAAGUUAUACAACAAGUACGUGCAAGGCAAUGCAGAACGACUCAGCAUUAGUAGUGAUGACACAUGUUCUGAAGAUGUGGAACAUCCACCAAGAAACCCUGCAGAUGGAGAAUUCAACAAACCAGUUCAGGCUGUUGCUAAAAAGGAAAGUCCUAUUCUGAAGGCAGUUGGAAGACCAGGCACCACAAUCAAUGAGGAUUAUGUGUCCCCACCGAAAUACAAAAGUAGCUUGUUACAUCGCUAUCUGAAUGACUCCCUAAGGCAUGUCAUGGCAUCAAAUGCAGCUAUGAAAGCUACUGACAGGAAAAGACACCAUUCUGGGUCCUUCAGCUCCAAUGAAUACGAAGAAGAAUUAGCAUCACCAUCGUCAUCUGAAACAGAUGGAAACUUUGUGUAUCGUACUGAGACAGUGGAACAGGGAACGAACAGAUUAAUCAGCUAUCCAAAGAAAAAGGAAAUAUCCAAAGAUGAAACCUACUGGAAGGAAAUUAAUGCUGCCAUGGCCUUAACUAAUCUGGCACAAGCAAAAGACAAAAUUCAAGGAACGACCAGCUGUAUCAUUCAAAAGUCCUCACAUAUUUCUGAAAUAAAGACAUUGAAAAUUUCACCGGGUAAACCAUUUUAAAGUGAAAAACUUAAAUGACUUAAAGCAUUUCCGAAGCAAAGCUAUUCCGUGUAUAUAUAUUUUUAAAAAAAAUCUACAACCAAUGCUGACUCCUGGCUCUUGAAGCCAGUUUAGAACAAAUCCAUUUUUAAAAAUCUAAUCUUAUGUUUAUUAAUAUAUUUA